AUGUCCUCUACCAACGAGGAGGACCCCUUCCUCCACGUCCAGCAAGACGUCCUCGCCCAGAUCCAAUCCACCCGGCCCCUCUUCGCCUCGUACCUGCGCAUCCGCUCCCUCACCACCACCCCGUCCUCCCCGGAACUCGCCUCCGCCCGGAAGGACCUCGAAGCCGCCCUCUCCACGCUCGCCGAAGACCUCGCAGACCUCGUCGCCUCCGUCCAGGCCAUCGAGUCCAACCCCUCCCAGUACGGCAUCUCGUCCGCCGAAGUCUCCCGGCGCAAGCGUCUCGUCUCAGAAGUCGGCGGCGAAAUCGAAGACAUGCGCGAGGAGCUGCACAAGAAGAUCGACCACCAGCCCCAGCCUCCCGGCCGCGAACACCUCCCGGACCCGGACUCCUUCGCCGUCGGCGACAGCCAAGGCGAUGCGUACGCCGAGUUCGAGCAGCAGCGGCAGAUGGAGAUGAUGCGCGAGCAGGACCAGCACCUGGACGAGGUGUUCCAGACGGUGGGGAGCUUGAGGCGCCAGGCCGACGACAUGGGCAGGGAGCUAGAGGAGCAGCGGGAGCUGCUGGAGGUGGUGGACAGCACCGUCGACCGGGUCAGCGGGACGCUGCAGGUCGGCAUGCGCAAGCUGCAGCACGUCGUGAGGAAGGGCGAGGACCGGUGGAGCAGUUGCUGCAUUGCCGUCUUGAUAUUCGUCUUGAUCCUGCUCCUGGUUCUCUUGUUGAUCUUGUAG